CUACGAUACUGGUAACCACGGGGCGACGCAACGACGGGUCUCAAGACGAAUAUCGACAUGAAUAAUUAAUAAGGUUUCUAGAGUCCAAUCUUUAGAACGCUCAGUCGUAAUUAUUGUUGUGUGUGGCUACUUUAAAACCGGCGAACCUCAAAUUGCUCAAAUGAAAACUGUGGCUGUUCCAUUAUUGGGCUCUCUGGUGCUGUGACAGUUUUCACAAUGCGAUACAUACGUUUACAGACAUCAAUAUUUGAGGAUAGUUUAUGCGACUGAAGGCGGAUAUGUCUUGCUUCUGGGCUUUUUGUUGGUUAAGCUGGACUUUCCUUAGCUUCUCUACUAUUCACACCGUGUCUUGUACUCUGCAAGCGUUAUCUACUACAUCAAUGUCAGACCGUAUUGUCUUGUAUGAGGGCGUACUUACCUAUGACAACGCAGACCGUCCAAACGACAGAGUCGUGGUCUUUCCAUUCGCUGACGGAUGCGACCAGUCGUUUUGUGAGAAAUUCAACGCAGAUGUGUUGACAACGAAUGGGACAACUUCGAUAUUAUACAAUUCAUGUGUAUGCCAGUGUAAGGAUGGUGUGGUAUUCGAUGUGAAAUCUACAAAAUGCCUUAGUAAUAUUUCAAAUAGCGCAAUAACAGCGAUCAACAAUAUGUCCUCUGCGAUGGAUAACCUAAUAUUUAACGUUUCGACGUCUGCAAGUUACGAACUGGAUUCCAACGACUCGUACGACGAUUUUAAUACAGUAACAGCUCCUCAAGAAGAUGGGUUAGAGUUCCUUAUUUGGAUGAUUUGCAUGAGUGCCAGCUUUAUACUAUGCGUACUUUUUGUAUAUUCCGCCUUCGAGAAGAGAAAACAAAAAAGGAAACAAGGGAAAGACAAACACAGUACGUUACAAUCUAAAUACUAUGCACAUGAAGUAGCCGGUGUUAGGAAAACACUGAUGGAGUGUUACAACAUGCCCCUCAUAAAAGCUAGGCUAAACGACGAAGCGAAAUGUGAGACUGUGCCCGACAGAUAUCGUUUUAAUAGUGAUGACGAUUAUAUUGAUUCGCUUUCUGGAUCCAGGGAAUCGUUCCUCCACCCCAAGUGGGAAUCAAGAGCGCCAAGAGUGAAAAACCCUAAUCAAGAAAUAUCAGAUCACGAGUCAUUUGGAAAAUGGACACCGGCCUAUACCCAGCAAUUACAGUCAAAGCGUAAAGUUUCAACGUCCCGCAAAACACCAUCCAGUGACGCGAACGCAAAAACGUCCGCCCUAGGAAAGCGGUUUAACAGUGUUGGUAGGCGUAUUUGUACUAGUUCAGCUUUUCUAAACUUGUACCGUCAAAAACGAGCUGCUACUGACGCCUCAAGUGGUGAUUCCACGAUAGCUGCUAUCGCAUCUCCCGGCAAUACACCGGCGACCACACCUUCCCCCACUGAACCUAACAACUCAAUAGACACUGUAAUUAAUUUCAAUGGUCAGAGUGAAGAAGCAGGGGUUAUAGGGAAUGACGUAAUUCUCAAUGUAUGA